AUGACCAAGGCCGAGCAGAAGAAAGCCGUGCAGUUCACUCGCAUGUGCAAGUUCUGGCGGACGAACGAGUGCAAGAUGGGGGAGAACUGCACUUUCGCCCAUGGCAACGGAGAGUUGCGCCCGAGCCCAAAGCCAUGCUUCGAGUUCUCCAAGAACGGCUUCUGCUCGAAAGGUCAAUCUUGCCGGUUUGUUCAUACGAAUGCUAAGCCCCAGAAGGUCGCCAGCCCUCAGCCCCUGGAUCUUCCGGUGCCCUCUUUGAUGCCGCCCUCCUACACCGUGGUGGACUCCUUGGGCCUGGAGGGCCCAAUGCUCUCCUCACCGUCCUUGCCAUUCCGUCCACCACCUGGGCUGCACUCAAGGGAGCUCUUGGGUACUUAUCCGGAUGGGAAGGACUUCCCCAACUCGCGGCGCCCAAGUGUCAACCUUCUUCUAAAUGACUUCCCGAUCUCAUUGGACUCCUGGACGCUUCCUUCCAAAAUGGACCAAGAGGAUUCCUCCCCAGAUGCAUCGGUGAUGACUCAGAGCACUGCAUCGACCACUUUUGUGAGUACCUGCAGUACAUCUGUUUGGCUUAGCUUGUGA